AUCUCUUGAGGACUCAGAACAGCAGCUUCUGAGACCACCCAGAGAAGAAGAUGACGCCCAGCAGAGCUCUGGUUCUGGGGAUCCUCGCCCUGACCACCACACUCAGCCCCUGUGGGGGUGAAUUCGACGUUAAGGCCGACCAUGUUGGCAUCUAUGGUUUAGAGGUCUAUCAGUCUUAUGGACCCAACGGCCAGUACACAAUGGAAUUUGAUGGUGAUGAAGAGUUAUAUGUGGACUUGGGUAAGAAGGAGACAGUCUGGAGGAUUCCUGAGUUUGGCCAACUAAUAAACUUUGACCCACAAGGUGGACUACAAGAGAUAGCUACAGCAAAACACAACUUGAACCUCCUGAUCAAAGAAACCAAUUCUACCCCGACUACCAAUGACAUUCCUGAGGUGACUGUGUUCCCCAAAGUCCCUGUGCUGCUGGGUCAGCCCAACACCCUCAUCUGCUUUGUGGACAAAAUCUUCCCUCCUGUGGUCAACAUCACGUGGCUGAAAAACAGCAAGUCAGUCACAGAGACUGUUUAUGAGACCAGCUUCCUCUCUAACAGCGACCAUUCCUUCCACAAGAUGUCUUACCUCACCUUCAUCCCUUCUGACGAUGACGUCUAUGACUGCAAGGUGGAGCACUGGGGCCUGGAGGAGCCAACGCUGAAACACUGGGAACCCGAGGUUCCAGCCCCCAUGUCAGAGCUGACGGAGACUGUGGUCUGUGCCCUGGGGUUGUCCGUGGGCAUCGUGGGCAUUGUGGUGGGCACCAUCUUCAUCAUUCAAGGCCUGCGAUCAGGUGGCUCCUCCAGACACCCAGGACCCUUAUGAGCCACACCCUAGAGAGGAAGGUCCUCUCCAGGGCAGACAUGGUGUGCUGGACGACCUGGGUCAGUGUGUUUCCUGGCCCAAUUCAUCAUGCUCUUUGCCUUCCCCAAGUGUCCUCCAUCUUGCUUUUCUCUUGGUCCUGAGGCUGACCCCCCCCCCCUCACAGCUCACAUACUC